GUUUACCUGUUUAUGUGCCGAUGGAGUCGGAGUUUUUGACCGGUGCCCGCUGCAGCGCAGGAUCCAGCCCCGGUCCAGCGAGGGCGGAGUUACAGAAACAACAAGGAAAUUCCUGGUGCGCUCCCACAACGUUUGAAGGAUGAAUGUGGGCGUAGCUCACAGUGAGGUGAACCCCAACACACGGGUGAUGAACAGCAGGGGGAUCUGGCUCACCUAUCUGCUCCUGACCAUUGUGUUGCACAUCAUCCUCCUCAGCAUUCCCUUCUUCACUGUGCCGCUCGUCUGGACCCUCACCAAUGUCAUCCACAAUCUGGUGAUGUACCUGUUUCUACACACAGUGAAGGGUACUCCCUUUGAGACACCAGACCAAGGCAAAGCGCGCCUGCUUACACACUGGGAGCAGAUGGACUACGGCGUCCAAUUCACAUCUUCACGCAAAUUCCUCACCAUCUCACCAAUUGUCCUGUAUAUUCUGGCCAGUUUCUACACAAAAUAUGAUCCAACACAUUUCCUAAUUAACACGUGCUCCCUCCUCAGUGUUCUCCUCCCAAAGUUGCCUCAGUUUCAUGGUGUACGAAUAUUUGGGAUCAAUAAGUACUGAAUGAGCACCCACGCUGGACUUAAGGUUCCCUGUUGUGCUGUUUUAUGUUUAGCAUUGGAAGAGCGUCUAUUGAUCUGUCAUCACUGUACCGACUGUGAGGAGUACAAACUUGCAGCUUGUACCAUCUUCUACAGCCUGAAAGUAAAUGCACUGGUGUUUUAUGAAAGUAUUUUUUUCUGUACUGACAUUACUGAUGAUCACCAAAACAUAUAUAUAAUUAGUCUUUGUCUUUGAGAAAGUGCAUGGCACUACAUGCAUGUCAUGUUUCUUCAUCCAUGUCACCUUCAUGUAGUUCUUCUGACUGCAGCAUAUCUCUACAACUGUCUAGUCGCAUUCUAAGGCACGAGGCCAUUUUUGUCACGUUACUUUCUUGGUUUACUAUGAAGGAUAUACUUGCAGGAUGCAUGUACAUGUUCACAAUAAACACUGCAGUUCUUGUCUUGCUACAGAGUGA